AUGUUCCGCAAUCCUGAGGACUUCUUGGAUGAAGAAGACUCGUUCAAAGAGCCUCAACGGUACCCCUGGGACGAUCCGGUGGACUCUGAAAGGACGGUGGCUAACAUUACAAGCCAGUCUAACCCAGACAUCACAAUGACAGCCCGGGCCGACGUUCCGAAGCGCGCCGCGUCAGAUCAAGUGCGCCCUGACGGCGUCGAGCUGUUCGCCGCCCUGCAGAACAGCGCAGAUCUGACGAAUCGCAACCAGCUCCAGCGGCUCAAAAUUAUCCAGCUCGAAGGGUACAUCCUGGAAACCCAGGGCAAGUCUGCACUGGAUAUCUCGGAGGAGUACUCCAAGCUAAAGGACGAGCAGUCGCAGUGGGUGGUGCGCGAGACGACGUUGGAAGCCGAGAUUGUAAAGCUGCGGAAGCGAGAGGACGACCUGACCGAUCAGAUCGCUCGCAUCAAGGCCGAGUACGACACGUGGGUCGAUGAUGCCACCAGGCAGAACCAGCUCCUCACCGAAAAGCUCGACGAGGUCCGCAGGCGCUUCCCCCAUCUCGACGACACCAUCGACCCGAUUUUCGGGGAUGCGCAUCAACGGGAGGUCGGUGACCUGCAGGAGGAGAUCGCCAAACUCGAGCUCGUUCAACGCGACCUCGUGGCCGAAAACGAAAACUACAAGCGCCAGCUGAGUGAGUGGAACACGAGCGCAGUCUCCGGUGAAAAGACAUUUGACGUGAACGUCGGAGAGCUGCACAAGCACUCCUACCAGCAGCGCAUCGAGGAGCUGACCCGAGCCAUCGACGAACGCGACCAGCAGCUGAAGGCCAAGGAGGAGGAACUGCUGAAGACUUUUCACGUGAUCAAGACCAUCGAAAAGGCCAAGGCUCGUCUCGAACAGCAGCACCUCGACCAGUCAUCACAAAUCUUCCGGGACCAAAUCGCGUCCCCAAGGGGCCGCCAGCAAGCGGCCGACAAGUUCAUGUGCGAGUUGCAAGAGCUCAAACAUGAAAACAAGGAGCUUCGCGAGCGGUUAAUCCGGCUCGGCGCAACAGUCCGCGAGCGAUCGAUGCACGAGGAGAGCCUCAACAACGACAACGACCUCCAGGGCUUGCUGGACUACGCAGAGGCCCUCCAAAAUGAUGAUCGGUCGAAGAACGAGAAGCUCUUCAAUUUCUCGGAGCAUGACCAGAUGGAUGCCGCUCAGGCUUCAAUGGCCGCGGACCAAGAAGAGAUCGCAAAUGUGGAGCGCUCCUUCGCGGCCUUCAGCAAACUGGAUGAAGCCAGGGCCCUGGUCGACACACUCAAGGACUCUGUGCAGAAGCUCUUCGCUCGAUGCCAAGCCAGCGCUGCCCUCCUGCUCAAGAUCCAGGACCACCUCAGUGCUGCCGACCCCGCACUCGCCGCUGAGCUGCGCCAAUUGAGCCUCCAGCUUGACGAAAGCAUCAAGGACGACGUGAGGCAGACAAUUGAAGAGCUCGAAGCCUCAUUCCAAGAGGCCAGCUGGAUCCUCGAGCAGUCGAUCAACGAGUCGCGCUUGGAGAUCUCGCUGACGGAGCGUGCUGGUGGUGGAAGCUCGGGCGUCGACGUCAAUAAGUCUCUCUCCCGCCUCUUCGCCUUGUCGCCGAAGGCUGCCGGAUCACCGCGCAUCUUCGACCAGACCCGAUUUGUCAAGAAGGAACAGUUUGAUGAGCUCAACACGAAGUACGAGGCGCUCAACGGCCAAUACGAAGCGCUCGUCGCCGAGUAUGAAGAUGUCAAGAACAAGCUCGACUACAACAUGAAAUUGGAGCUGCAGAAGAACGGCGAGCUGGCGAAGACACGAGCGACCUACGACAGCCUCAAGAGCCAAUACGAGGAGCUGCAGCGCUUCCACGCCCAGGCCGAGAUGGCCUGCUCGGAGAUGAAGGAGCAGAACGAAGCGUUGGGCGCCGAUCGCACACGUGACCAGCAGAACCUCGUCGAGGCCAAGCGUGACGUGGAGGCUCAUAAGGCGCUGGUGGCCGAGCUCGAAGACAAGCUUCGUGAACGCGAACAGGGAUCCGCUCAUCAGCUGGCGCGCCUGGAGAGCAAGACGGUGGAAAUGGCGGAGCACGCCGAAUAUCUCCUCAGCGAGAUUGAAGGCUACAAGGGUGAAAUUGAGCAGCUGGAGGCCGACAAUGAGAAACUCCUCAAACAGAACCGCGACAACCAGGCCGAGCUGCAGUCGAAGGCCGAGCUACACGCCCGUCUCCAAGAACAAGUUCAGGAGAUGGAAACUGUCUGCAAGCAAGCCAAGGCUUCUGCCUCCCAGCAUAGCCGCACCGAUGAGCAGUUGCAGUCGCUCGAACACGCGCUGCUCCAAGUCCGCACAGCCGUCGGCCAGCUCGCCCGCAUCCGCGGUGACAAGAACGAUGCUUCCGCUGCGUCUCGCCCGCCUCCCUCUGGAAAGCCCAUCCUCGAGCGCAUUACCGAGCUGAUCACCGAGCUCGAGAAGUCGGUGAACCGUGCGUGCGAGUGGACUCGGCAUCAGGAGAAGGAGAUGCGCGAGAACAACCAGCGCGCCAAGAACAUGGAGAGCCUCCUCAAGCAGAUGCCCGUCACCAGCAACCCCGCCCCGCCGGCUUCCACGUCUUCCAGCGCCGCCGAGCUUCGCUCAUCCGCCACCGACACCAAGGAGAACAGGCCCGCUGAAGCAGCCGUCCAGAAGUACAAGGACCCGUUGCGCGAGGUGUUCUACCAGCUCUGCACCCGCACGAAUGCGCUCGUUCAGCUGUUGAAGGGAUCGGAUGCCACCAAACGUGUUGGGACGGGAGAAGUGCUGCAACUGGCCCGCGACCUGCGUGACGUCGUCACCAAAAAGUUUCACGCGGUUUCGAAGACCCCUGUCGGCGCUGAGGAGCUGCACCCCAGCGAGCUCCUGGAACGGAUCGCAAUGCUGCUCGACCAAAACUCCAACUUGACGGCCGCGCUCAACGGAAGCAAGGCGCUCCUCAAGGAGCUGCAAAGUGGCGCGAAAGGAGGCUGCAAGCUGGACGCCGUCCUCGCCGUCGAAGUGGGCGACGAGUUGCAGAAGAUCCGCGCGACGCUCCUCGACUGCCGUGACAGCGUCGGCGGCUCUUCAUCGAAGCGCCAGCCGUUGACCACGGAUCGUCAGACUAACAAU